AUGUAAUGUCUGGAAAACUAUAGUGAUGAUUUGGAUCCUUCUUUUGUGGAUUGCAAUAAUGGCCAUUAAAAUUUAAGUUUAUUUUGAUAUCUAAUUAGAAAUAAGUAGCUAAGGACUAAUCAUAUCAAAAGAAGAAGAAGAUUAAAUCGUUGAUAUGAGUGGAGAUGCAUUUAAAAUAAACCAAAACCGUGAUGUUGAGAAUGAUCACCAAAGUUCUCAAUAAGAAUUACAAAUAUCUUAAAACUCUCUCUUUGAUGAAUCUGAUGACUUCACUUGUUGCUACGCUUGGCAAUAAAUGGACCAGAUAAAUGAUAAUGAUGUACAUGAAAAUUUUGAAUAAAAAUCAAAUAUUGCCAGUAAUGCUUAAUUAAGUGAGGAAGAAAUGAUGGUAAAUAGGAUUAGUGAUGAUGAUAAUGAUGAAGUACAUUUAAAAUCAGAAUAAAAUAAUUAGAAUUAAAAUGUAAAACUAAAAAACUAUGUAUUUUAGAUAGAAACAAUAAAGGAGAAGAUGAAUCGUUUAGAUCAGGAGUAUACAGCUAGACUUUCCAAUUAUCAAGAAGAAAAGGAGAAAGAAUAUAUUACUCUGAAAGAAUAAUUGCAGAAAAAAUUACGCGAUAAUGAAAUAAUAUUACGCUAAUAAAUUGAAGCUGAAAGAAUUGAGUUGACAAGUUAAUAUCAAAAGUAGAGUGAAGCCUAAGAGAGCAUCUUAAAAUAAAAGUAAAUGAAAAUCAAAGAAAACUUGGGUUGCGAAUUCAUAAUAUGUGUCUAAAAGGUGAAUAGGAAAAUAGGAAAGCAAUUAUUGGAAGAUUUAGAAUAAUAUAAAUAACUAAAAUAGAAAUCUAAUCAAAGUAAACUCAACCUUUUGCAACAAAAGCUUUAUUUAAAUCGCUUAACUAAUAUUAAGAAGACAAUCUAAAAACAAUAAUCUGAUUUAAAUAAAAAUUGUUCCAUCGAAACUUCAGAAAAGAAUAAGCACUUGCAGAAAGAGUUUAAUUAAUAUCGAAUAUAAAUCAUAGAGUCUAUUGAAUAGAUUAUGUAAUCACUAGAUUAACAAAAUGCUGUUAAACUUCACAAAGAAAAAGAACUUCUAAAAAAAGAGUUUAACUAAAAAUGUGAAUCUUAAAAAGCCCAAUUGAGAUACUAAAUCGCUUAAUAGUAGAAUAUAAAUAAAAUAAUCGAUAAAUAUGCCAAAUAAAUUUUCGAGAAUCACAUCGCAGAGAGAAGGAAGUUUAAGGAAUAAUAAUUAUAAGAAGAAAUAAAAUAUAUUUAAUAAAAGGAGCUCAAGAUUGCUUCAUAUUUAAACCUUGAUUGUAAUGACAUAGAAGUCAAAUAAAUAAAAUAUGAUAAUUUAAAAUAGUUUUUGGCCUUGAAAGAGUAAUUAAAUGAAACAUUAACUAACAAGAUUUAAAAAUUAAAAUUGGAUUUAUAAAAUUCAUACCAAACAAUGAAAAGCAAUUUAGCCGAAGCCUAUAUUGAAAAGCUUGAGAAGCAAAAGAGGAUUCAUGACAAUAAUCGUCAAUAUCGAUUAGUACUAGAAGUGUUCCAAGAUGCAAUUAAAAAGUAGAAAUUUAUAGAUGAAUUUUCUGAGAAUAUACAAACCCUAGAGACUCAAAAAUAAAGGAUGAAACAAAAAUUAUAAUGUUUAGAGAUCAAAAUUGAUGAAAAUUCGUUACCAUCCACAUCUUCUCAAUUAGAAAGGAUCAAUUCUUUGAAAUAACUUCAUGAUAGAGUCUAAGCACUUAAAGUAGAAGAUUAGGAGGUUUAAAAGGAAUUAGUACAGUUACAAAGGAAGCUUUAUAAAUUAGAAUCAAAUCGUUAAUACAAACAAUACAAGUCAUAAAUUAUUUAUAAUUGUUCACAAACCCUAAAUGAAUUAAAUGAUCGAUUUAAUAAUGGUGAAAUAGAUUUUAAUAAGCCAUUGGAAAUUUCUGAGUUAUCUACAUAGUAACAAGUAUCUUCAAAAUGUGAAAUCUUUCAAUAAUUUCCAGGUCUAAUUGAUCUUGUUGAAGAGAUGAAUUUAAAAAAAAUGUAUAAAUUUAUAUAUUCUAAAGGAAAAAAUGGAAGGCCUUUGUAUUGAACUAAAGAAUAAUUUGGAAUUUGCAAGAUGAAAUGCGUAAAAGAGAAAAAGCGAAACUCAAAAAAAUUGGGAACAAACUAAAUAAUGAUAUCAGAAACAUUGAAUAAGAAUUUUAGCAACAAAGUAACUUAAAGAAGAAGAAUGAAUUUAGAUUAGAGUUUUUAGAAAAAUAGGGAUAGAUCUUAAAGUAUUAAUAAUCCCAAAUAAUCGCUAUUGAAUAAAAAGGAAUUUAAUGGAAAUAAAUAUUACAGACUAAAAAGAAAUUUUUAGAUAGUAUGAAUUUCUAUACUUCUGAUCAAUCGCCAAUUAAAAAAUCGUUAGAAGAAUUAGAAAUUUUUUACAUCUAAUAUAUUAAUAGUGAUAAUGAAACUGACAAUUUACAAUAAAAUAUUUAGGUAUUAAUUAGGUUUAUUCUAGGCUGAAGGAUAAGCUAAAUAUAAACUUUAAUCGCCUAGUGAAUAUUCUUUUAUUUCGCAGAAGUAAAACUUUGAUUUAUAAUAUAUGUUAUUUAAGUGA